AAAACCUCUCUAAUUCCCUUGCCAGCGGCCGAAUUCCCAGCCCCCUUCUCUCUCCCUCUCUAUCUCAUUUUCUAGAAGAAAGAAAGAAAGAAGAUGGCGAGCACCGAACCCGAGCACGAGCACAGAGAGGACGAGGAAGCUCAUGCCAACGAGGAUGAGGACACCGGCGCUCAGGUAGCCCCGAUCGUCAAGCUCGAGGAGGUCGCAGUCUCCACCGGAGAGGAGAACGAAGACCCCAUCUUGGAUCUGAAAUCGAAGCUCUACCGUUUCGAUAAAGAUGGUAACCAGUGGAAGGAGAGAGGCGCCGGUACCGUCAAACUCCUCAAGCAUAAGGAGAGCGGAAAGGUUCGCCUCGUUAUGAGACAGUCCAAGACCCUCAAGAUCUGCGCCAACCAUCUUGUUCUUCCGACAAUGUCGGUGCAGGAACACGCCGGAAACGAGAAGUCAUGUGUCUGGCACGCCACUGAUUUUGCCGAUGGUGAAUUGAAGGAAGAGCUUUUCUGCAUUAGAUUUGCUUCUAUUGAGAAUUGCAAAUCCUUCAUGGAGAAGUUUCAAGAAGUUGCUGAAUCCCAAAAGAAGACGGAAGAAAACAAAGAUGCAUCUGCAGCUGCUGGGCUUCUUGAGAAGUUGAGCGUUGAAGAAAAGAAAACGGAGGACAAAGCUGAGGAAGAGGUGCCUGUUGCAGCCGAAAAGGAAACUAAAAGUGAUUUAGAAAAAACUGAGAAGAAAGAUGAGGAACCUGCUUCCUCCACUUGAAGAGGAUGUGAUUUUAAUGACAUUAAUACCUCGCAAUAUGAUGAGAUUGGUUGGCUGACCUUUUUCCCAUCCAUGUAUUAAACGAUGCAAUUUAUUGAAUUGUGAUUUAAUGGCAUGAUGUGGUUCGUCCUGUGCGUCUUUCAGUUGGAGUUCCUUUCAACAUUUGGUCGAACUUUGUUUCUUGAUUGCUUAUUUGAGGGUUGUGUUUUUGCGAUUUGGGUGUUGUCCGAGUUUAUCGUAGGGUUUUUCUACACUUUUAUUCACGUUGUAUUUUGCUCUGGGUCAUUAAGCUCAGGAACUGCUGUAGUGAAGAGCUAUUAUAAACAUUGAGAGUUUUGUUGGGGUAUAACCUCGUGUUGUGCAGAGUCUGGAGAAGUUGUCAUCUUUCCAAUUUAUGAACUAAAGAUUGUCUUGUUGUCAA